AUGGCCUUCAUGGCAGUUCUCGCCACGAUACUGCUCGCAACGGCGGCCAUUGCCCAUCCAUCCCCUCAGUAUUCGGCUCCUGCUGCUUCCUGUUCCGAGGCUGCGUCACGGUUGAAUCUUGUGGAUGGCCCCUACGACAACUACUUCUACAGUGACUGCCACUCAAGCUCCCAUGUCAUCAUCACCAAUCCUAGGGUUGGGGAUAAUCUCAACAUUGUCAAGCCUCGGCUACUAGUCGCAUGGCCGGCUGGCAAUAGCGGCGCACUGGCGAUCUUCGAGCCGGGCAAUGGCCAGGCCGGUACGCUCACCAUGAUGAUGGAGAAGUCUAGCACUGGCGCGGCCUUGAGUCCCAUCUUCGACACGAAUGUAGGUGUGAACCCUCGUGUAGGUGUCUCCGGUACAGUCGCCUUCAACAACACGGCGAUUCUCGCUGUUCCCAUCUUGGGCAGUGUCCGCGCGAUGCGAGAUUAUUCUGAGGGCGGAGGUAUCGAUCAAGCAUUCCAAAACAGCUUUGGCUUCGCCGAAUACGAUGAUGGUAGUGGUUCCAUUAACCGGACCUGGUUUGAUGGCGUCACGACAACUACGAUCAAGUUUACGCCUCUCAAUGGCGCACAAAAUAUCACUGUGGGGCGUGGCUCUGCAUGGACGCUCUUGUUUGGAUCCGGCUCCUACUACUUCGAGGCUUCUUACAAUUAUCCCCAGCUCGACCAGUUCAGCUCGCAGGAGGUGCUCACUGAGGCCGCAAGUGGCUUGAUCGCCCAGAACCCAGACUUGACGGCAUCGUUGUCCUUCUUGUCAUACACCGAUAAACUUCUAGCUGGUACUUGGCGUUUUCUUACCUAUUUUGGCCGCGACAGCAUGAUCUCGAUGUUUCUCAUGCAGUCAAUCCUUAGCGACGAGGCUAUCGAGGCGGUCAUUUCGGCUGUCAUUGAGCGGAUCGAUCGACAGGACGGAACUGUCUGCCAUGAGGAAGUCCUUGGCGACUAUGCCACAUACCUCAAUCGCAAGGAAGGAGUAGAAUCCUCUAGCCCUCGAUGUGAUUACAAGAUGAUCGAUACCGACUUUAUGCUCCCCAUCGCCAUGCAGCGCUAUUUUGUCGACACUCCGUCCGGCCAGCAACGCAAGGAGGCAUUCUUUGGCAAGACGGCAACCUUCUUGGCCGCGAACAAUGGAGCAAAGUACUCCUACUUAUCUGAAGUUGCUGCAGAGAAGAUUAUGCGCAACGCAGCACCGUUCGCGAAAAGCCAAACAAAAGCCAAUCUCCUCCAUCUUCGCGAUGGCGAGGGCGUUGGUCAAUGGCGUGAUUCUGGCAAUGGUCUCGGUGGCGGGCAUACACCUUACGAUGUCAACACCGCCCUUGUGCCUGCCGGUCUCCGUGCCGUCGCUGCCCUCAGCCGAGCUGGUUUCUUCACAAGCCAUCCUGAGUGGAAGGACACAGCGGAUCAAUACGCUCAGAUCUGGGAAGACGAGACGCUGCCCUUUUUCGAAGUCACUGUGUCCCAAGCGGACGCCGCAUCCCGAGUGCAGAGCUACGUUAAAGGCGCUGGAAUUUCUGUACCUGCGAAUGCGGAUAGCAUCACUAGCGACGUCAAGUUCUACGGGCUGGCUGUCGAUGGCUCGUUCAACUCCGGGGACCCCAUUCCAGUCAUGAACACUGACGACUGCUUCCGCCAUUUCUUCCUCAAUGCGACCAAUCAGACGCAGCUCAGUGCCUUCUUGGAUCAGUCCGCGGACCAUAUUCUGCAGCCAUUCCCAGUUGGUCUCUCCACCGGCGUCGGCCUAGUCGUUGCGAACCCAGCCUAUGCCAACGACGCGAACUUUGAAAAUGGCUUCUCGGCUCGCGAAUACCACGGUACUGUGGUGUGGAGCUUCCAGCUUGCUAUGAUGGCAGCGGGUCUCGGCAAGCAGCUUGGCCGAUGUGCGUCGUCGUACGGCAAACCUGGCAAGUCACAAUCCCAUCUCCCUAUCUGA